AGUGUCUUGGUCGUUCGACAGACUAGGAUACGAUUUACAAAACUAUAAUAUUUUAUAUUAUUUUAAUAUACCCGACAUGAUCUGCUGUAAUAUCGUUGACGGUUUGAGUGCAACACCGUUCGCAUGAAAAUAGCUAAUAUCGAUAGAGUAUUGCCAGGAUACUCGCCAAUUUUUAUGAUUACAACUGUAGAUAAUAAAAAAAAUUGUUAAAUUUUAUUUUGUGACAAUCAGUCACAAUAGCUAUAUUUCAUUUAGUGAGACUUUAGUCUAUUAAUAUAUACGUACGAAUUAAGAAAACUUAUCGACAUGACGCACUCCAUGUUGACGCCGUUCAGUGAAUACCUUCAAGUAGAGCAGAGCAAAUAUCCGGAGCUCACGUUGGACAAUAUCCAAAAGUUAAAGGAGAGCUUAGAAGAUGACGAUAAUUUGCCGCCAAUAUCAGACAAAAAAUAUUUGGCAUUUCUACACAGCUGUAAUUUUGAUAUAGAAUUAGCCAAAAAGACCAUUCAGAGUUGCUAUCGGUUUCACUUUAGAAUUCCACAAGUAUUUUGUGAAUUGGAUCCAUUAGCUGAUGAUAUAGAACUGAGUUAUAAUUGCUUUGUAAAGAUAAAAGAAUAUCAGUCGAGUCAAAUCCGUAUUUAUUUUGUUGGUUUACCAAUUCGUUUAAAAGCUGUACAUGUUUUAAAUGCCGGAUCAGCUACGCAAAUGAUAAUGAAAAUGGUAACACGAUUCGCUAAUCAAGAAUUAUUAGAGAAGGUAAAAUAAAAUUUUGAUAUAUUG